GGCCCUGGGUGAGGUCAAGAGCUGGCACUUUGAAAGCUUCUACUGCAGAUGAAGAACAUCUAUUUUAGAAUUUUAGUCAUUGCAUCUUGAGAGCACAGAAUUAUCAGAGCUCAAGGCUGAAAAAAAGAAAAGGGAUUUUUAAUCCAGUCCUGUGUGUCAGGAGUUGUCUGGAAACAGCUGUCUGAAGAGAUUGUGGGAUGCUGCAUAGGCCAGAAGAGCCAUGACAAAGAGAAAUAUUUCCUGCUCUUUUAAUCUUUUGUAAAACUGGCUCAGUGCCAGGUUUCUUGCUAAUGAAAUGUGGAAAAGUGUCUUUAUUAGAACAGGGAUGUAGUUAAAUCUUACCGGGGGAAAUUAUCCUUGCUUUUUAAACUCUUUUUACUUUGUCAUUUCUUUUUUCCUGUUGUUUUUUAAACCAAACCCAAGGGUGGUGGGUUUCCUCCCCUCCUUUUUGUGUGUGUGGAAAGAAGACAUUCAACAGAUAAGCAGUGUGCAGGGUAAAAGAGAACAGGACCCACAUGUCAGUGGUCUAGGAUGGCCAGUGAAGGCUCCAACAUCCCAAGUCCUGUGGUGCGUCAGAUUGACAAACAAUUUCUAAUCUGCAGCAUAUGCCUGGACCGCUACAAAAAUCCCAAAGUACUCCCCUGUCUGCACACUUUCUGUGAGAGGUGCCUACAGAAUUAUAUUCCACCCCACAGCUUAACCCUUUCUUGCCCAGUGUGCCGCCAGACAUCCAUCCUGCCAGAGAAAGGGGUUUCUGCUCUUCAGAACAACUUCUUCAUCACCAACCUGAUGGAUGUCCUGCAGAGAACUCCAGACAACAGCAUUGAGGAGUCUUCCAUUUUGGAGACUGUCACAGCUGUUGCUGCAGGGAAACCACUCUCUUGCCCCAAUCAUGAAGGAAAUCUGAUGGAAUUCUACUGUCAGUCCUGUGAGACAGCCAUGUGUCAGGAAUGUACAGAAGGAGAGCAUGCAGAACAUCCCACAGUACCUCUCAAGGAUGUAGUAGAACAACACAAGGCUUCCCUUCAAGCACAGCUAGAUGCUGUCAACAAAAGGCUUCCAGAGAUAGAUACAGCACUUCAUUUCCUUUCUGAAAUUAUACAUCAGCUGACCAACCAAAAGACCAGCAUUGUAGAUGAAAUUCAUUCCACUUUUGAUGAACUCCAGAAGACUUUAAAUGUCCGCAAGAGUGUACUGCUUAUGGAACUGGAAGUGAAUUAUGGGCUUAAACAUAAAGUCCUGCAGACUCAGCUUGAUACCCUGCUGGAAGGACAAGAAAACAUUAAGAGUUGCAGCAACUUUACAGCCCAAGCACUCAACCAUGGAACUGAAACUGAAGUCUUGCUUGUUAAGAAGCAAAUGAGUGACAAGCUGAACGAGCUGGCUGUCCGAGACUUCCCAUUGCAGCCCCGUGAAAAUGAUCAGCUAGACUUCAUAGUGGAAACGGAAGGACUGAAGAAGUCGAUUCAUAAUCUUGGUACUAUUUUAACCACAAAUGCUGUUGCUUCUGAAACAGUAGCCACGGGUGAAGGACUGAAGCAGACUGUGAUAGGGCAACCUAUGUCCGUCACCAUUACUACCAAGGACAAGGAUGGGGAGCUCUGUAAAUCUGGGAACGCUUAUCUCACAGCUGAGCUGAGUACACCUGAUGGGAGUGUGGCAGAUGGAGAAAUACUUGACAAUAAAAAUGGCACUUAUGAAUUUUUGUAUACUGUCCAGAAAGAAGGGGACUUUACCCUUUCAUUGAGACUCUAUGAUCAGCAUAUUAGGGGCAGCCCAUUCAAACUCAAGGUAAUCAGGUCAGCAGAUGUGUCCCCCACCACUGAAGGAGUUAAGAGGCGUGUGAAGUCUCCUGGCAGUGGCCACGUGAAGCAGAAGGCUGUGAAAAGACCAGCUAGUAUGUACAGCACUGGCAAAAGGAAAGAGAAUCCCAUCGAAGAUGAUCUGAUCUUCCGAGUAGGUACCAAAGGGAGAAACAAAGGGGAGUUUACAAAUCUUCAGGGAGUAGCUGCCUCUACAAAUGGAAAGAUAUUAAUAGCAGACAGCAAUAAUCAGUGUGUGCAGAUAUUUUCCACUGAUGGCCAGUUCAAGAGUCGCUUUGGUAUCCGCGGAAGGUCUCCUGGUCAGUUACAGCGGCCUACAGGAGUGGCUGUGCAUCCUUGUGGGGACAUCAUUAUUGCUGACUAUGACAAUAAAUGGGUUAGCAUUUUCUCUUCUGAUGGAAAAUUUAAGACAAAAAUUGGAUCUGGGAAACUUAUGGGACCAAAAGGUGUUUCUGUGGAUCGCAAUGGGCACAUCAUUGUAGUAGACAACAAAGCAUGCUGUGUGUUUAUCUUCCAGCCAAAUGGGAAAAUUGUAACCAGAUUUGGAAGCCGAGGCAAUGGAGAUAAGCAGUUUGCAGGGCCUCAUUUUGCAGCUGUCAACCACAAUAACGAAAUUAUUAUUACUGAUUUCCACAAUCACUCUGUUAAGGUAUUUAACCAGGAAGGUGAAUUCAUGUUGAAAUUUGGAUCUAAUGGAGAAGGGAAUGGACAGUUCAAUGCUCCAACAGGAGUAGCUGUAGAUUCUAAUGGAAAUAUUAUUGUAGCAGACUGGGGAAACAGUAGAAUACAGGUUUUUGAUGGAAGUGGAUCCUUUUUAUCCUACAUAAAUACAUCUGCUGAUCCUCUUUACGGUCCCCAAGGUUUGGCCCUUACUUCAGAUGGCCAUGUUGUAGUUGCAGACUCUGGCAAUCACUGCUUCAAAGUCUAUCGAUACUUACAGUAACAGCUGGAGCCAGAUCAUGCUUAAGAAGUUACUAGCCUCUAAGGGCCAGUGUAGAUCUUUUUUGUGUAGGAUGUCUACUACUUAAAUAUUUCAAUUUUAAUACGGAAGGAGUCUCCAGUUUGUUUGUUGUUUGAUUUCCAAACCUACCUUGUUUACAUAGGACUUGCACCUCGUAUGUUUCGCACUGAACUCAUCAUAAGGGUUAAUGAAUAAGAUCCCCCCUCCCCGGCCUGGAAUUCACAGAGACAGUAGAAUAUUAGACAUGUGAACUGUGGCUUGUAGAUCAGGCGUUCAUGAAACUGAUUUUUUUUUAAAGGAGUGGAAGAAUUUAAAAAAGCAACAUGAUUUAAAGGAUUUAUUUAACAUGUGAAUGGGGGCACUUGUUUAAAGCUUCCAAAUUUGAAAAUUGUUACUGUUGAACAUUAUUUAACCCAGCAGGAAGUCUGGGAGUCUUCUAGAUCACAUUGUAUAAUAAGUAUUAUACUUGUAACAUUCUUCAGUCUUAGUAACUGUAAUCAGUAGUUUCUUUUAGUAAAGAGAUAUGGUUAACCCUUCCUGUACUAGCUAUCAGGCCUAACACAGCUUAACUUUUAGCACUAAAAGAAUCAAUGCAAAUUUCCUGUCCUGUGUAGAACUCAUGUACAUGUUUAUCAGUUUUCCUACUGCUCAGUGUGUGUUGUAGGGAUGUUCCAGAAACCUGAACUUCUAAAGCUAUGGAAAUAUUUCCUAUUAAGGAUGGGUUACUGCUGGCACUUCGUAACAUCGGAUUCCUCUUAGCAUUGGACUAAUUCAUUAGAAAAUUAUGACCGUUGUUUCAGCUUAGCUAAUUGUACAACUGCCACUCAUAUUUCAAACAUAUUCUUGCUAUGGUUUAUGAAAGCAGUCCAUUUUGUUCAAUUACCAGUUCUCACAUAGGAUAAUAAGUCGCACAUGUACCCCUAUCAAAGGACCCACUUUGUACAACCAAAGGAUGUUUGGCAGUUGACAGUUUUUGUUGUUUGUUUAUGGGUAAAAACCAAGGGUUACCAAAGCAGGGUUUUUUAAAAAUUCCAAAAAGACUGAGCAUGAAAAUAAAUAAAUCAACGCUUCUUGAAGAUCCUUAUGAGAGUGAGAGUGGUCUAAAAUAAGGAUUUAAAAAACAGUUCAUAGCUUCUCUAUCAUGUUUAUGUAGUAUGAGAAAAAAAGAUCAAGGGACAGAAAUGUAGGUAUCAACAAACAAACAAUGCACAUAACCUUUUGUAUGAGAGAAUAGUCUGAACAGUUACCUUCUCUUCCCUCCCCUUUCCCAUGUACAAGUCUCGUAACUUAAAAUGAUCAGAUUCACCUCAGUGUUUGCAGUGUGUUUCCUUUUUAAAGUUAUUUCCAAUAACAUUCAGGUUCAUAAACUUUGACUACGAUUUUACAUCAGUUGUGAAGAGAAAUACAUUUAACAGCAGUGUGGGGUCAUGAAUUGCCUCCAGCCUUACGCAAAGAAGGUUUCUGGUCAGUGUGGUUCCUGAAUCUGAAAUCUUACAUUUUCAUCUUGAUUUUUGGUUUGAUCAGUCUGGGUGGAUUCUUGAUAUCAGCCACAGCCAGCCUGCACUUUUGGGGUGACUACAGUCUUAAAACAUUUAAGUCCAUGAGUCCAGUUAGACUUGCAAAAACAAAGACAAUUACCUAGUUAGUCCAUAAUACAGUAGCUAGAAAAUUGGUUGUAUUAAACUAAGGUAUAGAUGAGUAAUGUUUAAAGGCUUUUUUUCCUGCUCACAUACUCCUGUAAAAUCUUAAAUGAGUAAUGCCAAGAAUCUAAAUUUAUGGUUCCUGUUUUUUUUCUCGAAGUGUCUGCAAAAACAAUAGAUGGGGCACUAUAUGGUGUUAGUCUUGGACACUGAACCACCUUGAAAGCUAUUUAAUUCUGUAUGAAAAGGGACGUCCUAUUUAUGAUUUUAUAUGUAUUUAUUAAACCAUUUAAUCUUAGGCUGUCUCAUAAUUGUUAUUGAACUUCUAAUGUAAAGAAACUCACAAACUGUUAUAUUGCAAAGCAUAUUGUCAUACCAAUCUGGCUAAACGUUUUAGAUACUUAUGUUUUUGUAAAGAUGUUCUUGUGACACAAAUAUUCAGUGGAAAAUGUUUUUAAAAGGGGAUACUGAGCUAAAUCCUGCAAUUAUCUAAAUUGGAAUUAGGAGCACCCUCCAUCAGGACAACUGCUCACUUCUAGUGAAGACCUGUGCUCUUGUAUACUCCUACACAUUUCAAUUGAAUUUUUGCAGGAACAGUUCCUAGUGAAUUGUAUUAGGGAAGCCAACUGUUACAAAUUCACAUGUGGAGACCAUGUCAUGCAUGCAGACAUGUCAAUGCAUUCCUUCAAAUGCUUUCCUAAAGUAAUUGUUUCUUAAUCCUAGUAAAUCUUAGUAAUGCUAUAUGUACUACCAACUCAAAUUUGAAUGAUUGCUUCUUUCCUUUGCAACUAACCUAACAAAUGUUAAGGGUGAUGUGGCUUUCCCCUCAAUAAAUUUUUUUUAGAUCCUGGUUCUUCCUUGAUUAAUUGUUAAGACUUAAAACCUUUUGGUGACGCAUGCUGUCAUAAACUGGUGCUAGUCUGGAGCAAUGUUGAAUUUCAGAUUCUUGCCAAUGAAAGCUCGGUAACAUCAUUCAAAUGAACACAGGGCAAAACACUGGCAGUGAGCAUUUGAAUAUUAGGCAGCAACGAUCAAAGUGUUACUUGCUCACCAGUUUUCAAUUGUUCACUCUUGUUGCCCUUUACCCAGUUACCUGAUCAAAGAACUAAAAAAAUCUCACCACUGUAGAAAUGUGACAUUUAAAAAAAUACUAAUUUUUGGUCCAGGCAAGCAUUCAUCAGAAUUAUGCUGUUUGCUUUCUUGAAUUAAUAUCUAAGGAAGGGAUGGGAGAACUGUGGCCCCACAGAUAUUAACUCCCAUAAGCUCCAUGGGCAAAUGAUGAGGAAUGAUGGGAGCUUUACUCCAGCAUCAUCUGGAGGGCCACUGGUUCCCCAUCCCUAACCUAAGGCACGCAGGUUAGACUCAAAGCCUCUUACACUGCCAAACCCACAUCACAACCUAAGGCACUGCAAAUGUAAACUGGAUUAACAGUAACAGGUUGUCCCACGGAUUCUUGAUUCUAGUUCAUGUUUGCAGUAUAAACAUCCGUCUUCUGUUGCUCAAAGGUGCAGUUAUAAGUGGUAAUGCAUCAUGAUCAGUGCAUUUACAUAUGUGUUUAUUAAAGCAAACACCUGCUGGAAAUAAGCCUAAAAAUGUUGUCAAUUCAUUUUUCGAUAAACUCACAAACUGUACAUUGAAGUAUACAUUUUUAACUCUUAAAAAGAAAACUAUUAAAUACUAGUGAAGUUUUUACACUGACAUUGUUUCAGCAAAGCAGCAAAAAAAUAUUAUCUAUUGUUGUUGACCUUAGUAAACAUUACAGGGCUUUCAAAUUGAUAGCUAAUUUUUUUCUUUGAUAAUUAAGGAUCUAGUGUUGCCAUAAUGAAAAUAAGUGCCCAUUAAUUAUGCUGGUUGUGUGAGGGUUUUUUUUAGUGGAUGUUAGCAAGAAACAAAAUGGUAACGUCCAUUGUAAAUGUUGUUGAAAAUGAACUGUGAGCAAAAAUUUUGAAGCUCUGUGUUUGGAGAAUGUAUGGAAGGUUCGUACUUAGUGUAGGAUGAUUCCAAGAAGGUGGUAGUAUUUGAUGAAUGUACAACACUUAGGUGGAUGUUUGUGAGCAACACAGCCUUAACCCUGAUGGUUUGCUUUUUUGCUUUAUGACAUGGGAAUGUUCCAUAAUGUGCAUCCGUGUAUUGUAAUAUCCCUGAGCUAGAAACUGAAUAUGUUGUACCUUUCCAGUCCUUGGAGUGAAUGACUUUUUUUGUACAUUCCAGCUUUGUAAGUCAGUUUCAUACGUUUUGUGUAAAGAAUGCUAUAAAGUCUUGCACUAUCUUAAAUCAUGCUGAAGUAUGUCAAUAUUUUCUUUCCCACUACAGUCAUAUACCCUCUCCUAUUUAGAAGAAAUAUAAAUUAUGUCUAGUUAAGGCUGAAAGGUGCUCACUGAAGAGUGUUUGUGUGUGUAGGUUUAGCUUCAUGAAUGCCAUGGUAUUUUUUAUGCUUUAUCCUACAAAGAAAGCUUAAAAGAAAAUACCUUGUGUUGGAAGAAUAGGAAAAUCCGGAGUCAAAUGUGUAUCUUUUAUCAUGCACAGACCCCAGAAAUAAAAAUAAAUGAAUUAAAA